UACGCCCUUGAUAAGAAUAUUAUUUAGCCUAUUGACCUUCUAUCUUUUUUUGCAGACUGUGCUGUUGACAUGACUCAUCCCCGUGACGACAGCUGCAAACAGCUCCCCCUGGUGGACUGCGUGGACGACUGGGUGUUCCGCUAUGUGUUUGAUGUUCGCGCCGAGCGCCAGCCAUUGAAAAUCCAAACAGUCAAGCUUCCCCAGUUCACCACAGAACUGAUUACCACACAGCACGAGAUUGAUUGUAAAUGUGAAGCCAUAGAGUUACUGUUAAGCCUAGUGGACAGCUUUGAGAGCACCAAAGACAUUGAUCAGAUAUAUGCCUUGUGCAUAUUUCUCAGAAACGAUCGGAUGAAACACUGCAAGGCGCUUCAGUUGUUGGAAAGGGCAAUACGCAACAUCACCAAUCUGGGAAAACAGAAGGAGAUCCUCACCUUGACGACGGUCUCCGUCACAGAAGUCAGCAAUGACCACCAGGACAGCUUCUGCAUCGCGUUGCCCUCUCAGACCCAACAGAGAUCGGGCAGUACUACUACUAUCCCGGGGUUUUGCUCCGCCCAAUUGGAACUUGUAUCCCGGACUGAUGAUGUCACAGUGGAGGUCCAGCCAGAAGUGCUCUCGCAGGUGGCCAGCAGAUCAGGCGGCGAGAAGCUCAACGUUGGAACGUUCUGGUUCUUUGACAACUCGCUGUUCUCGGUGGAGCAGGAUAACGUGUCUCUGCUGAACUCGCGGGUGGUGGCCUUGGAUCUGGGUCGGGAUGUCAGCAGCCUGCAGACCCCAGUCCAGCUCACGUUCUACGGGCAGAACAUGACACAGAACGCGUCCUUAACACCUCAGUGUGUCUUCUGGGACGUGGAAGACGAGGCCACGGCUAAGUGGAACUCAUAUGGUUGUAAGACUGUGGUUGCGGAGGGAACGGUUACCUGCUUCUGCAAUCAUCUGUCCUUCUUCGCUGUACUGCUGACUCCAAUGGUGAACCCCCUGAGCUCCUACGAUGUAUACAUCCUGACUAUCAUGUCUCGGGUCGGCUGCAGUGUGUCUCUGGCCUUCCUCGUCCUGACGCUGCUCACACACGCCUUCUACAAGAAAGGUCCCUCUGAGCACUCCCUGUGGAUCCACCUCCACGUCUGUUUGUCCCUCCUCCUCCUCAACCUCACCUUCCUCAUCAACGACUUCCUGACGGCCCUGGGAGUCCCGGCCGUGUGCGUCGCCAUGGCAGCGCUGACCCACUACGCCCUCGUGAGCGUGCUCACCUGGUUCACCAUUGAGGGCCUGCACCUCUACCUGCUCUUCAUCCGCGUCUUCAACAUCCACAUCAGGAGAUACCUGGUCAAACUAGCCCUGCUCGGGUGGGGUUUGCCCAUGGUCCCUGUUGGAGUAGGUGUCGGCCUGGGAGUGUACGGACAGACCAAGAUAGAGCAUACGGAGGGUGGAUCUACAGCAUUGUGUUGGAUGAAAAAGGAGCAUCAUCUCCUGCAGAUCCUGACCUACAGCUUCUUCGUGGCGGUGCUGGUGUUCAACAUCACCAUGUUCAGCGUGGUUCUGCACCGGGUGCUGAAGGCCCGGCUCAACAGCCCUCUGCCCCAGGACAGGGGCCUGAACACGGGCAUGGUGCUCAGCCUGCUGGCCCUCUCCUGGAUGCUAGGCAUCUCCUGGGGGGUCAUGACCUUCAGCUCCAUAGGGCCCCUGCAGCUGUUCACUUUUUACAUCUUCUGCACCGUCAACGGCCUUCAUGGUUUCUUCCUGUUUCUGAGGUACUGCACCCUGCUGAGAAAAGAGAAACUGGCCACCAAAAGCACAGUCACCUCUACAGUCACCAUUCCACGCUCAAGCAACACCAACUAACCUUAACCUUAACACACACAUGUGUGU